CAGUAUACGAGUGCCGAAUACUAUUUGUAUUUUUAUACUUUUGUACACAUUCCGAAAACACAUUCAGCGAAAAGUAAUACGUUAACUAGACAAAAUGAAGGAUCUUGAUCUGACACUGGAUUGUAUGGAAAAUGCGCGCUUCAACUUCAUCUAUGGCAGUAUAGUCACCCAUGUGGAGUCUCCGUUCUCAGAAACUGAGUUGCUGUGCCUCGCGAUGAUCUAUCAUAAGUUUGUACUUUCGAAUGGACCAAAAGCUAAAUAUAUGACGCACAGGCAAUUGGGGAAUUUCAUAAUGCAAAUGUUUCGGGUUACCGACACUGACAUUAAUGGUCGAGUUGUGGCUGUUGUUAGCGACGAUCCAGAAUGUACAGAUCCGAAAUUCUCACAGGAUCGUCAUUGUACACUGCCAUCGUUUGUGAAAAUGUUUACCACCUAUUUCGUAAGCGAUCUCGAGGAGCGCAUGAUAUUUGUCUAUAGCAUUUAUGAUGAGAAUCGUCUUGGCUAUUUGAAUCGUGAGCAUGUGAUGCGGUUCGUUGAGAAAUUCUUCGUCGGGGAGGAUGAGGAUGAGCAGAUUGAAAUGCGCACGGACAUGCUGGAAUUAAUAUUUAUCAAAUUUGAUCUCGAUAAGGAUUUGCAAAUAUCCUUUGACGAAUAUGCCGAAAUAGUACGCAAGCAGCCAGUGCUUCUCGAAUUCCUAGGCACCGUCUUCCCAUCGAAGGUCCAAUUGAAUACUGUUGCCCUUUGUGUCAAUUUAUACUGAAUUUUACAAAAGAAAAAUUUUUUCAUUU